AUGGCGAAGCGGACGCGCGAUGGCGAGGGCAAGGCGAGCGUCGACGCCGCCGUCGCGGACGCGAACGCGACGCUCGAGCUUCGAUGCUCCGGUCGCGUCCGGUGCGUCGCGAUCGAGGGAAGAGGGAGAGGGCUGGUGGCGACGCGCGCGGUUUACAAGGGCGACGUCAUCGCGGUGGAGAAGCCGCUCGCGGCGACGCAGGCGAUGGGCAACCGCUCGAGCGUGCUCGCGUGCGCGCACUGCCUCGCUCCCGCGGGGACGGACGUCGCGCGGCACGUCGCGCUCGCCACGGGCGCGGUCCCGCGCCGGACGCUCGUCGCCGCGGAAGCGGAACGCGACGCUCGCGGUUCGGCGACGACGCGCGCGAUCGCGACGACGCUCCCGACGCUCCCGACGCUUCCCUCGGACGACGCGUCGACCGGCGCGAGCGAGGGCCCGACGCCGUGCGCGCGCGCGGCGGGAGGAUGCGCGGACGUCUUCUGCAGCGCGAGAUGCCGCGACGCGGCGUCGGGAUGGCACGCGCUACUGUGCCGCGGCGGGUGCGAAGAAGGGAGCCCGACGUACGAGUUUCACGAGCACGCGAGGCGGACGAACGAGUCGUUUCUCCUCGCCGCGGACGCGAUGGCGAGGGCGCUCGCGGCCGCGGGCGCGUCGGACGGCGUGGGCGAGGGAGAGGCGGAGGGACCCGGGGUCGACGACGGAGGCGGACGCGGAAGCGGACGCGGAUGCGCCGCGAACGCGAACGCGGCGGCGAAUUGGCGCGCGCUCUCCUCCAUGCACACGCAGGACGCGCCGUGGUGGGUGUCCGCCGCGCGCGCGGCGUCGCUCGGCGAGGACGCGUCCAAGAGACCGCAUAAACGGCGAAGCGUCGCGCGUCGACUUCGCGAGCAGCUCGAGGACGCGUGGCAGCUCCUGGAGAUGUCGUGGGCGCGCGCGAGGGGCAUCGGCCGCGAUGGAUCGUCGACGCCCGCGCACGUCGCGUCGUUGCUCACGUUCGACGCGUUCGCGCGGCUCGUGGCCGCGGUAGACGACGGCGUGUGCGCGCUGAGCGCGGAGCAUCCUGGGUGCGCGUACGCGCGAAAGGCUGCGGCCGCGGAGGCGGAGGUCGCGGAGGCGGCGUGCGCGGCGCUGGACGCGGCGACGAAAGACGUCGCGGCGGCGGCGGCGGCGGCGGCGGCGGCGGGCGAGGCGCGGGCGAACGAUGGGAACGGGUCGGACGACGAGGACGAGGACGACGAAGAUUCAUCGGACGGGGAUGCCCCGAGCGGAUCGGACUCGGACUCGGACGACUCGGACGACGACUCGGACGACGACUCGGACGACGACUCCGACGACGACUCCGACGACUCAGACUCCGACGACUCCGACGGCGAGCCCGCGCGCCCGUCGACGCCGCGUCGCGAAGGAUGGACCGACCGCGCGAUCGCGUCCACGUCAGCGCUGGCGGACGCCUCGACGCGACCGACCCCCCGUGCGGACGCGGACGCGAGCGCGUGCGUCCUUCGCGCGGUGGAACGCGCGGGGUCGUGCCUGCCUCGCCUCGCCGCGUUGGCGCUCGCGCCCGGGACCGCGCUUCUGAACCACAGCUGCGUGCCGAACUGUCAGAUCGAGGCGCGAAUAGUCCCCGGCGGCGGCGACGGCGACGACGAGACGUGCGGCGGGCUGAGGGUGACCCUCGUCGCGCUGAGGGACGUCGCGGAGGGCGAGGAGAUCACCACGGCGUACGUGCCUUCGAACCAGCGGUACUUCCGACGGCGGAGAGAGCUCAGGCGGCGAUACGGGUUCGCGUGCGACUGCCCGCGGUGCGCGCUCGAGGCGUCAAAAACGUCAAACGCGCCGCCGCCCAACCUCAAAGUGAUCGACUGGCUCCGGUUAGCGGACCAAGCGCAGGAGGAGGCGCGGUACGACGACGCGCACUUCGCGGCGACGGCGGCGCUCGAGCUGGACCCUCGCGACGGCGACGCAGCGCAUAAGAUUGGCACCGCGCUGUUAGGCCGCGGCGAGUGGGCGGCAGCGCACGCGGCGUGGCGUCGCGGCUUCGCCAUCGCGCCCGAGCACGCCGCGCUGUCGCGGCAAGCGGCGAAGGACGCGGCGUACCUCCCGGGCGUCUCGACGGAUUCGCCGCCGCCGCCGCCGCCGCGGUUCGUCACCGCGCACGCGGCCGGGGUCUGGCAGACCGCGCCGGACGCGCCUCUGCUGUCGGAACGCGAGUGCCUCGAGUGGAUCGCCGCCGCGGAAGCGCACGCGGCGAAGACGCGCGGCGGGUGGACGACGAGCCGGCACUACGCGGUGCCGACGACGGACCUCCCCGUGCACGCCGUCGAAGCGCUCGUCCCGCGGUGGAACGAUCUGAUGCGGGAGAAGCUCUCGCCGCUUCUCGCGGCUGCUUGCGCGGACGUCGUCGCGCGCGCAUCGAGCGUCCGCGUGCACGACGUCUUCGUCGUGAGGUACGACGCCAGCGCGCAGCACCACCUUCCGAUUCACGUCGACCAGUCCGCGGUGUCGUUGACGCUCGCGUUGAACGGCGGCGACGCGUUCGACGGCGGCGGGACGACGUUCGCGGAUCUGGGCGUGACGUGUUCCCCGGAGACCGGGCACGCGGCGGUGUUUCGCGGCGAUUUACGGCACGGGGGGGCUCCGGUGACGCGAGGAGUGCGUUACGUCGUCGCCGCGUUUCUUUUCGUCGAGUGA